AAAUUUUUAAGCUUACAUUUGCUACAGAACUGAAAGAAUUGACGAUGGAAGAUAUUUCCAUAAAAGCAGAGCCUCAGGAAUCAGUGAUAUUUGAAGAUAUGGCUAUGUACCUCUCAGAGCAGGAAUUGGCCAGCUUGACAGUUGAUCAGAAGGCCCUGUACAAGGAAGUGGUGCUUGAGAACUUUGCACAUGUGGCUUUUCUGGGGUACAUUGCAAAACUGAGGAAGUGUGCUCAGAUGGUUGGAGCAGUAACAGCCAGGAUGAAGGCGUUCCUCUAGGUCAUGCUUACCAGGAAGACAGAGCCAUAGCACUGCUGUCAACUGCAGUCUUUUCUGUAGUCAUACACAUCUCUACAGAUUGAAUGCUUUUUUUCAGUUCAUUAAAGUUGUUCAUUAUCAUG